UACGUUCAUUGUGCGCCUUAAACGCGCGCCAAGCGCACAGCAGCUUUAUGUGGACUAGGCUAAAUGCUAAAGUAGCCUCAGCGUUGGUCGUUCAGUCUAUAUAUCCCCGAAAAAAACGUGCCAUCGCUGCGGAUAACCGGCGGUCCACGCACCCAAAAGGGAAGUACCUCUGGCCUGCAACAGCGUAGUGUUAAACAACAAACUUUGCAAUGGGCAAAAAGUCUCGCGAAGAUGACUCCUCAUCCUCUGAUGAAGAAGAAUAUGUUGUGGAGAAGGUGCUGGACAGGAGGGUGGUGAAAGGCAGAGUUGAGUUCUUCCUGAAGUGGAAAGGAUACUCGGAUAAGCACAACACAUGGGAGCCAGAGAAGAAUCUGGAUUGCCCUGAGCUAAUCUCAGAAUUCAUGAAGACCUACAAGAAAAGCAGCAGCACCAGUGGAAGCUCAACGCCUAGCAGUGGGGGCAAAACAGGCAUGCCCUCCUCAGGACGAUCCAAAGACUCAAGUAGCUCAAAGAAGAGAAGCUCAGAUGAUGAGGAGGAGGAAGGUGGAAGUAAAUCAAAAAAGAAAAAGGAGGAUGACAUUCUUGUUGCGCGUGGAUUUGAAAGAGGACUUGAGCCAGAGAAGAUCAUCGGAGCAACUGACUCUUGUGGGGACCUAAUGUUUCUUAUGAAGUGGAAAGAUUCUGAUGAGGCUGAUCUUGUGCUUGCCAAGGAGGCUAAUCAUAAGUGCCCUCAAAUCGUCAUAGCCUUUUAUGAGGAACGUCUCACCUGGCAUGAAGACGGUGACAAGAAGGAGAAGGACGCUGUCAGUGCAUGAGUGUGUUACCUCAGGAGGAAAUGGGACCUCCUGUCCUCUUCUGCAGGGACAAGCUUGAUUCAGACAUUUUUCACACCCAACCUCCCACCGCUCCUUUUUACCAUGUCCAACAACAGAGCACAAGGGCCCCAGACUGCUGAGAAGAAUCUAUCCGACAGGAGGAAAAGCUAUAGGGGACAAGGGUGAAAUGUUACUGGGGGAGGGUUCCUGCUGUUCUGUCUGUAUUCUUUUACCAUCUUUUUUUAUGUCAUUACACAUCUUAUUUUAGUGCUUACAGGAUGUGAUUUUAAGUUGGUAAUUAUGCAUCUUCAUGUGCAGGUGGUCAUGUCUAAAGAAAAUAGUCUUGAGGGCCAGUGUUGGUACAAACUUGGCAUGAGCUUGUCCUCAAUGGGUGCACAAUCCCUGACCAAAUUCAAGCAGUGCACCCCCCUACAUUCAAGAACCCAGUUAUGAGCCUGUAGUAUUGAUAUUCAGUAAAGCCACAGCAGCAUUUUCUCACUGUAUCUCGCCUCCUAUUUUUUUUUAUUUUGUAGAUUUUCAAUUUGUACCGUCUCCUGGGGUACAGUAACUUUUAAGUUUGCAAAAUUGCAGAGGACACCGGCCAAUCAUUGUCCAAUAAUGUAGUGAUGAUAUCCUUCAUUUUAUAAAUGUGUUUUUUUUUUGUUUUUUUUUAUCCAAGUUUUAUGAAUUGUAAGGUGUGUUUUUAAUUUGUUUAUGCUAUCACCAGUUGACGAAAAGGACAAUAAAACAGUUUACAGAGUUUUGUACCUGGUUUCCGCCGUGUUCAGUGUUCUCUUUGGACCAGUCUCGGUUUGGCAGGUUAGACAAUCCUUGCUGUAUCCAGAUGAAAUGCAACCAGCAUUCACAGCAGCCAGUGAGGUCUGCCACCUUGUGGCUAAAAUAUUGGACUGUGUGACCCAACCUUUGACAACCCUGCAGUUUUUGACACAGAUUACAAAAAAUAUAUUUUUAACAGAAAAACAGUUGGGAACAUUUGGCAUGUUCUUGGUCAUUAUUGUCAUGAUUGAAAAAAAAUUGUGUCGUGACAGUCAUCACUAUAUAACCCUGUUGGACAACGUCACUACCUGUCAAGGGGAGGUCAAUUCUCAAUCACAGUUUGAUAUGCUGUGCUUAAACAGUGACUCUUGGGACCAAAUUCAUAAUGUUGAACUGAAAUGAAAAUGUCCCCUCUGUAUUUAAGCUAUAUCAGAUUUUAUGUAUGAAGGCUUCUGUCUUCACAUACAGUGCAACAUCGUUUAGGCUGUAAAUGCUAUUUUCAUUCAUUAAAAUAUAUUUUGUCCUCUCUUGGGGUUUGUCGGUUAUUCACAGGCAGCUUUCUUUUUUUUCUUCUUUUUUUUUUAAAGCACACUAACGUGUGAACUAACUGUUAAAAGCAUGUGGACACUAAUUGCCUUUAAUAAACCUUUUUUUGUUAAA